UUUAUUAAAAACCCGGUUCUAUGUUAUUCAAGUGCUUUAGUUUAAAUUCUAGUGUGCCGUGUUAAAGAACGGCAAUAACUAAACCACUAAAAAAUAAAAUAAACUAAAUAUUGUAACAAUUAAAAUAUAAAAAAAGUCCCGUGUAAAUUUAAGAAAGGACAUAAUAUUCCAGAAGUGAAUAAAAUAAUAUAUUUAUUAUAAUGUCGGCUACAUGGGAUGCAAUUUUUAAAUAUGGAGAAGUUGAUAACCGUUUCGGUUUAACCUCACCUCUAUUUACAAUAAGUGUCAUUGCGUCAUAUCUAUUAUUUGUAUAUCAAAUAGGACCGAGAUUUAUGAAAAAUAGACCUGCAUUCCAAUUAAAACAAUUUAUGACCAUUUACAAUGUGCUACAAGUUGGAGCCUGUUUAUAUAUAGUCACUGCAAUAUGGGAUCUUGAGUCUUGGGGCAUAUUUGAUUUUAAUAAAUGUAUUACCUAUGAGGUAAACACACUAAAUCGUGCUAAAUUUGAUACACUGACGUAUUUUACAUUUUGGUUAAAAAUAGCAGAAUUAUGUGAUACCGUGGUAUUCGUACUGAGAAAGAAAGAAAGGCAAAUAACAUAUUUGCAUGUAUUCCAUCAUUCGUCGACCAUAACAUUGGUAUAUUUAUUCUUGAAAUAUUAUAGAGGCAAUGGCGCUUUAUAUCCCAUUUAUUUGAAUAGUUGGGUUCAUGUAAUCAUGUACACGUAUUACUUUUUUGCCAAUAUCUGCAGUGCUGAGGUUAUGAAGAAAUUUAUUUCAAUUAAAAAAUCCAUUACCAUAAUACAAAUGAUUCAGUUCUGCUUCAUAUUGGCCCAUGCUGCUAUUAUGUGGUCAAAUUGUCAGAUUCCCGCCUUGCUAAAAGCCUAUCAUUGUCUUAUUGUGUUAGUUAUAUUUUACGGUUUUUAUGAUUUCUAUAAAAAGGCCUACACAAAUUCGCAGGCCAGCAAAUUAAAAAAUAAGGCCAAGUAAAUGUUGCAUUUAUUGUUAAUUUCCCUAGUACUUGACUGUUUUGUUUGAGUUAGAAUUAAGUUAAAUGAAUAAUAAAAAUGAAAUAAACUGAUA